UUAGCGCGCGACACCGGCAGGCGGUCGGUAUGUAGCAGCGGCGGCAGCGGCAGCAGAGGCAGCGUCCGCCAGGGAUUACAAAGAGGGGAAAACGCUCCUGGGGUAGAAAAUAUCUCCAGCGGGAUUAGAAAACACACCACCCGAGGAUGAGACACACACCGACGGUUUGAAGGAGACUGAAAACGCGCCGUCAUUCCGCUAAUUUAUCACGCUUUUUACGAAAAUGGCGAACGACUCUCCGGCCAAAAGUCUGGUGGAUAUAGACCUGGCAUCCCUGCGGGAUCCUGCUGGAAUUUUCGAGUUGGUGGAAGUGGUCGGAAAUGGCACCUAUGGACAAGUCUACAAGGGGCGACAUGUCAAGACGGGGCAGCUGGCGGCCAUCAAAGUCAUGGAUGUCACUGAGGAUGAGGAGGAGGAGAUUAAGCUGGAAAUCAACAUGCUGAAGAAGUACUCGCACCACAGAAACAUAGCCACCUACUAUGGAGCCUUCAUCAAGAAGAGCCCGCCGGGCCACGACGACCAGCUCUGGCUGGUGAUGGAGUUCUGUGGUGCCGGGUCCAUCACGGACCUGGUGAAGAACACCAAAGGCAACUCGCUGAAGGAGGACUGGAUCGCCUACAUCUCCAGAGAGAUCCUCAGGGGCUUAGCUCACCUUCACGCUCAUCACGUCAUCCACCGCGACAUCAAGGGGCAGAACGUGCUGCUGACUGAGAACGCCGAAGUCAAACUGGUGGACUUCGGCGUGAGCGCUCAGCUGGAUCGGACGGUCGGCCGCAGGAACACCUUCAUCGGGACGCCGUACUGGAUGGCUCCAGAGGUCAUCGCGUGCGACGAAAACCCCGAUGCCACCUACGACUACAGGAGCGACCUGUGGUCCUGUGGAAUCACGGCCAUAGAAAUGGCCGAGGGAGCUCCCCCUCUAUGCGACAUGCACCCGAUGAGAGCCCUGUUCCUCAUUCCCAGAAACCCUCCUCCUCGACUCAAGUCCAAAAAAUGGUCUAAGAAGUUCUUCAGCUUCAUUGAGGGCUGCCUGGUGAAGAACUACACUCAGCGUCCUCCCACCGAGCAGCUGCUCAAACACCCCUUCAUCCGCGACCAGCCCAACGAGAGGCAGGUCCGCAUCCAGCUCAAAGACCACAUCGACCGAACCAAGAAGAAGAGGGGGGAGAAGGAUGAGACGGAGUACGAAUACAGCGGCAGUGAGGAAGAGGAGGAGGAAGCGUCGGAGCAGGAAGGAGAGCCCAGCUCCAUCGUCAACGUGCCCGGAGAGUCCACCCUGCGCCGCGACUUCAUCCGGCUGCAGCAGGAGAACAAGGAGCGCUCGGAGGCGCUGCGGCGCCAGCAGCUCCUGCAGGAGCAGCAGCUCCGCGAGCAGGAGGAGUACAAGCGCCAACUGCUGGCCGAGAGGCAGAAGCGCAUCGAGCAGCAGAAGGAGCAGAGGAGACGGCUGGAGGAGCAACAACGGCGCGAGCGCGAGAUGAGGCGGCAGCAGGAGCGCGAGCAGCGCCGGCGCGAGCAGGAGGAGAAGAGGCGCAUCGAGGAGAUGGAGCGGCGGCGCAAGGAGGAGGAGGAGCGCAGGAGGGCGGAGGAGGAGAAGAGGAGAGCCGACCGCGAGCAGGAGUACAUCCGGCGUCAGCUGGAGGAGGAGCAGAGGCACCUGGAGAUCCUGCAGCAGCAGCUGCUCCAUGAACAGGCCAUGCUGCUGGAGUAUAAAUGGCGGGAGCUUGAGGAGCAGCGCCAAGCCCAGAAGCUCCAGAGACAGCUGCAGCAGGAGCAGGCCUACCUGCUGUCCCUACAGCAGAACCAGAACCUGGACAGUAGCAAAGCGGCCCAGCCACCGAGCACCAAACCCCCCCAGAACCCCCAGAACCCCGAGCCGGACAGGCUGAAGCCCCAGCAGAGCCCGGAGGCAGACUCCGUGAGACCACCACAGAGCACUGACGCUGAGAAAAGCCGCUCCGGUCAGAAUCCCAGUCUGGAGCAAAGUGCAGAAGCCAAGCUGCCAGUCACGGACCUGCAGGACUCUGAGCCCGUCACAGAGGCCGAUGAGCGGUACCGGAAAAACAUCCAGGGUUCCCCUCAGUCGGCCCAGACCAAACCGCAGCAGCCCCCGGUGCCGCCGCGCUCCGAGUCGUCGCACCCCAACGGGAACGCGGCGUCGGAGGCGCCCGCCGUGCACCGGCCCGUGGAACCACAGGUUCGUUCCCAUGUGGCUGCUUUAAAGAGCGGCAGCGUCAUUGCCUCAUCGAACUCCUCCUCCUUCAUCCAACCCACCGUGUCGCGGUCGCAGUCCUUCAGCGAGCCGCUCGCCUCUAGCUUUGAACAUCUUCACCUUCGCAACAGCCAGGACCCCCACCAACACCAUCACCCUCCAUCUUCAUCAUCAUCAUCAUCAUCACCAUCUGCACGCACUGACCCACAGUCCCACUCCCAACCUAGGCCCCCACCCAGUGAGCCAGCCCCUCCAGAGGAGGCCCCACCCAGGGUUCCUGUCAGGACUACAUCAAGGUCUCCAGUGUUGUCAAGGCGGGACUCUCCCCAUCACCAUGGCAACGCCGCACACAGCAGCCACGCUGCGCAUCGCAACGCCACCAGUGCGGCAGAGCCUCGGCUGCUGUGGGAGCGAGUGGAGAAACUGGUCCCCAGACCAACCAGUAACACUGGCAGCGGAGGCUCCAGUUCCUCCAGCAGUUCCAGUAACUCCAGCUCUCAGCCCAGUUCUCACUGCGGCUCUGGAGAGAGGUUCAGGGCCCGCUCCUCCUCCAAAUCCGAGGGCUCCCCCCUCCAACGGCCCGAGAACGCCAGGAAAAAGCCAGAGGAGAGGAGAGACCUGGUCAGGCCCAACAGACCGGCGGACCUGACGGCUCUGGCCAAAGAGCUGCGUGCUGUGGAUGAUGUUCGCCCCCCGAACAAGGUGACUGACUACUCCUCAUCCAGUGAGGACUCAGACACCACUGAUGAAGAUGAUGAUGAAGAGGUGGAUCAGGAAGCAGGUGAAGAGUCAACCUCAGGCCCCGAGGACUCCAGAGCCGUCUCCUCCAGGCUGAGCAACGGAGAGACGGAGUCGGUGAAAACCAUGAUCGUUCACGACGAGGGCGAGAGCGACGCGGGCUCCACGCCCUGCAAGGACAGCACGCUGAUCGUCCGACAGAGUGCAGGUGACAACAGAAAGCGCCCCGGCCCGGGCCAGACCCAGACCCAAACCCCAACCCCCAGCCUGCCUGCAGGCUUUGCCCCGAGCCCAGGCUCGGCACCGGCACCGGGCCCGGGCCUCGGCCAGCACACCCCCAGCCCCCACCAUCAUCACCAUCACCACCAUCACCUCACACAGCACUUGGAAAGGAACGGCUUUGCUGGCCGCAUCCACCACCUCCCAGACUUGAUCCAGCAGAGCCACCAUUCCACCCCCUCCUCCCCCGCCUCCAACUCCCCUUCAUCUUCCAGCCUUGCCAGCCCCUCCUCCAUGUCCCCCCAGAGUCCCCUGGACAAGCUCAGCAUCCUCACAGAGAGCCAGUCCAGUAACAACAUGCAAAAACACAAGUCGUCCUCUUCCUUCACGCCGUUCAUCGACCCGCGCCUCCUUCAGGUGUCUCCAUCCACCGGCAGUGCCCUCAACAAUGUCGGCUACAGCAAUGAUGCUCGGCUGGCGGAGGCACUGAGGGCCGAUCCUUCUCGGAAGGGCUCUGUAGUUAACGUCAACCCGGUCAACACGCGCCCCCAGAGCGAUACGCCAGAGAUCCGCAAGUACAAGAAGAGGUUCAACUCUGAGAUCCUCUGUGCUGCACUCUGGGGAGUGAACCUGCUGGUGGGGACAGAGAGCGGUCUGAUGCUGUUGGAUCGCAGCGGUCAGGGGAAGGUCUACCCUCUGAUCAACCGAAGGCGUUUCCAGCAGAUGGACGUGCUGGAGGGACUCAACGUCCUGGUCACUAUUUCAGGUAAAAAGAACAAGCUCCGUGUGUACUACCUUUCCUGGCUGAGGAACAAGAUCCUGCACAACGACCCCGAGGUGGAGAAGAAGCAGGGUUGGACCACGGUGGGAGACCUGGAGGGCUGCGUCCACUACAAAGUUGUGAAAUAUGAGAGGAUCAAAUUUUUGGUUCUGGCCCUGAAGAACUCUGUGGAGGUCUACGCCUGGGCACCCAAGCCGUACCACAAGUUCAUGGCCUUCAAGUCUUUUGGUGACCUGGUGCACAAGCCCCUGCUGGUGGACCUGACUGUGGAGGAGGGUCAGAGGUUAAAAGUCAUCUAUGGCUCGUGUUCAGGCUUCCAUGCUGUGGAUGUUGACUCCGGGGCCGUCUACGACAUCUACCUGCCUACACACAUUCAAACCAAUAUCCAGUCUCAUGCCAUCAUCAUCUUGCCCAACACCGAUGGCAUCGAGCUGCUGGUGUGCUACGAAGACGAGGGAGUGUACGUCAACACUUAUGGACGAAUCACCAAGGAUGUGGUGCUGCAGUGGGGGGAGAUGCCCACCUCAGUCGCCUAUAUUCGCUCUAACCAGAUCAUGGGUUGGGGAGAAAAGGCAAUAGAGAUCCGCUCGGUGGAGACUGGACAUCUGGACGGUGUUUUCAUGCACAAGAGAGCUCAGAGACUCAAGUUUCUCUGUGAAAGAAAUGACAAGGUGUUCUUCGCCUCCGUUCGGUCUGGAGGAUCCAGCCAGGUCUACUUUAUGACUCUAGGCCGAAGCAACCUGCUCAGCUGGUAGAUGUCCAAACCCUGCCGUCUUCCUCCUCCUUCUCCUCAUCCUCAUUGUCCUCCACCCUCGCUAACACUGGAUCUCAAGAACCCGACGUCGACGUCUUGUCAGCCGUCUUGGACAACCACACGAGAAGAAAACAACAAGCAAUCAGCCCCUCUGGAGCAGUCGACAACAGUAGCUUCACCUCCCCUCUAUGGCUGCAGCGCCUCUGCAUCUAAGCUCUGGGAGACACCUAUGGCACGGUCCAACCAGUCACAGUCGUUGCUCCCUGAAAUACCGGAAGCGGUGACCUGCAUCUGAAAAUAUAUCGAUGAUUAAUAGAUAUUAACGGAAGAAGGAAUACAUUUAAUGUGAAUUCAAAGAAUGGGGGCAAAUACUUUGUCAUUUCCUUGGUGCUCAUCAGAUCGUGAUGGGAUAGAUUUUGUACCUCUGUCUUAUUUCCGUUCACCUGGGCUGGUCAGUAACCCUGAGGUUUUAUAAGUACUAGUACUGCUACCACUACUAUAACUACUGCUACCUUCUGCAGGUCUGCCUCUUGUAAGACAGUUGCUCCUGUGCCCCGUGUUCCAGCCCGCCGCCCUUUCUGUUGAGCAUUCAUGGGGUCGGUUGGGUCAGAGUGUGUUGUAUUAAUGCUACAGUAAUGUGUGUAAUUGUACUUCUGUUUGGUCCACUUACUGCUGACAUGCUGGUUAGAGGUUGCAAGCCAGGAGUAUUUGUAAAAUCCUUAAGCUGGUGACAAGAAGGCGGGAGGAGGCUAAUGCUGGAGGCUUUAACGUGAAGUCUGAGUGACGGGAUCCGACAGGAGGCCGAUGUGCGUUUUUGUUAACAUUAUGUUGUUCGGACAGGUGCUUUGAUGGGCAGACAGCAACGUUGAAGCAGAUGAAUUCAGAAUAGUAUUUUUUUGAAUUAUUACUAUUAUUCCUUAAAGAUAAGUGUAACUAUAUGGAGUUAAUCAUGUCUUUUACAUUGUUUCCUUUUCUUUCUUUUUUUUUUAAGAUAAGUGCACAUACACCCACAGUAUGCUUGCUAAUAUGCUAAACCCACGGAAGUGCAAAGUGUGUUUGUCUUAAAGAACGUGAUGUGGGUGUGGUCUAAAAAAAACCCGGUGUGUAUGUACAAUAAAAGUUCAUUUUAAGCUUC